ACAUUACUAUUUUCAGGCACAAGCAUAGCACCUCCUGACGGGUUUUUGAUAAGUGAAUGGUGAAGAGGGCGACUGACGACGACGACGAGGCCGACGUUACGCGAAACGGACCCGUUUUUUUUCUAAAUAAUCCUCGAGUGAAAUCCUCGUUCGUGACGAGGUCAGUGUUCCCUUCGUGCCGGUAGAUUUUUUGAUCCCCCGCCUCUCGACAAAGACGGUGUUAACAGCGAGAGACUGGUGACCCGCUAUGGUGCGCGUCUCAACUCCCUAAAAGUGUCGUUCCUUGUAUAUUAUUCUCGAAAAAGAAAAAUUCUCCUCACACCAGAUUAAAAUAGGGUUAAAGAGAAAAUAAUGAAUCGACCCUUUCAACAAACGCAGUUAUCGCGAUCCACGAAUGUGUGCAUGAAGAAAAAAAGGAACCACGGAAACGAAGAGGAAGAAUUAUAAUUCAGUGUGUGUGGUGUGAAGUGCUCGGCAGAAAAGUGUGGUUCGAUGGUGCUCGUGGUGGUGUCGGUGGUGACGGCGACGACGUGAAUCAAAAACUCUCGUCUCUCUUAUUUUCCUUCGUGUGUGUAUUUUCACGGGGAUUUCGCGACGGGGGAAAGUAAAAAAAAAUAUAUUUAAACCCCCGGCAUUUUUACUGUGAAACCCGGUGUUGAAAAUAAUUGUCCAAUCAACUCCCCCACCGCCCCCUCCCUCAGGAAGUCCAGCCAGCAAAAAUUUGUCCGUCGACAAAAAAAAAGAGAGAAGAAGCGUGUCUCGAUUUUUCACUUCCAUUUGGAAUUAAUUUGUAAAAGAAAAUUUUAUUACAUAAUAGUUGCGAAUUCCCGGUGAUGAAAUAACUUGUCUACCUCGUGUGUUUGCUUGGCGAGAGAAAAGUCGGUGGUGGGCGAAUUGGACACCAGCGACACACACAAAGAUUGAUUGGCUUCCUGGACGGGGAAUUUUCAUCUUGUCGGCGGACUUUACUUUACCUCACUCACGGGAGAUAUUUUUCCAAACUUUUUUAUUGUUUGGUAAUUUUUAAUGCUUUUUUAGUUAGUGGAAAAUUCGACGCAUACAUUUAGAAAAAAGGCGUCGCGACGUAUAUGACGGGGCGUGCGUGCGUGCGUGUAUGACAACGCCUUUCUUCGGAGCCUCGAAUUUUGGGACGGAUUUAGCCCGACGGCGAGGAGGUCGUCUGCAAUGGUGGUGGUGAUCUGACCCGGCUUUUCAAAAGACCUUUUCGUCGAACCACGAGGUUGUGUGUUGUUCGAUUGAGAAUCGUGUCUCGCUUAAAGUGGUUGGAAUAAAGUGAGGUUAAGGUGUCGACACAAGGGGGGCCUUAAGAAAAAAAAGUGUUAUUUUUUUUCUAGUGAAUUUUCCACAAACGAAGAAGUGUAUUUCUUGUCAAGAGAGAGAGAGAAAGAUUUUUUUUGUUUUCGCACAAUUUUUCUUCUUUUCUCGCGAAGUGUGUGUAAAUUUUCAUCCAAAGGAAUGCGGUUGAUGACAAGAGGAUUGUCGGGAGUUUAAGGGAGUGGAAUAAAGUGUGGUAGGAAAAAGGAGGAAAACAGGGAAAAAAGGAAAUAAGCUGGAGCAAGAAGGAUUGGGAAGGAGAUUGUCCGGGAGUGGUGCUACCCCUGAGACGAGCAGAAUGUCCGGGACUUUUGUGGAUCGAAUAGAUCCAUUCGCGAAGAGGUCGUUGAAGAAGAAGUCGAAAAGGUCACAAGGAUCAUCCCGGUACAGAAAUUCUCAAGAGGUGGAACUUCAGCAACUUCCUCAGCUUAAAGAUGUUACGCCGUCGGAGCAGGAGGAUUUAUUCAUUAGGAAAUUAAAACAAUGCUGUGUGACUUUUGACUUUAUGGACCCAGUCGCAGAUCUCAAGGACAAGGAAAUUAAACGUGCGACUCUCAAUGAACUCGUCGAGUACGUGACAGCAGGUCGAGGAGUCCUCACUGAGCCUGUUUACCCCGAAAUCAUUAGAAUGAUCUCGGCGAACCUUUUUCGAACACUACCACCUAGUGAAAAUCCAGAUUUUGAUCCUGAGGAGGAUGACCCGACGAUGGAGGCGAGUUGGCCCCAUCUUCAAUUAGUGUACGAGUUUUUUCUUCGAUUUCUCGAGUCUUCAGAUUUUCAGCCUACCUAUGGAAAAAAAGUUAUCGACCAAAAAUUUGUUUUACAGUUGUUGGAUCUUUUCGAUUCGGAGGAUCCUAGAGAAAGAGAUUUUUUAAAGACAGUUUUACAUCGUAUUUACGGAAAGUUCCUUGGCCUUCGAGCCUUUAUACGCAAACAGAUAAAUAAUAUCUUUCUCAGGUUUGUGUACGAAACGGAACACUUUAAUGGAGUGGGCGAACUUCUAGAAAUUCUGGGUAGCAUUAUCAACGGAUUCGCUCUCCCGUUGAAAGUCGAACACAAACAAUUCUUAGUUAAGGUGCUCUUACCUCUACACAAGGUGAAGUGUUUAUCGCUUUAUCAUGCGCAGCUGGCGUAUUGCGUGGUGCAAUUUCUGGAAAAAGACGCAACGCUGACGGAGCCAGUGAUUCGAGGUCUUCUGAAAUUCUGGCCUAAGACAUGCAGCCAGAAAGAAGUCAUGUUCUUGGGAGAAAUUGAGGAGAUACUCGAUGUCAUAGAACCUAGCCAAUUUGCUACAAUACAGGAGCCUCUUUUUAGGCAAAUUGCACGCUGCGUAUCGUCACCUCAUUUUCAGGUUGCUGAGAGAGCAUUGUACUUGUGGAAUAACGAGUACAUUAUGUCGCUAAUCGAGGAAAAUAAUCUCGUAAUAAUGGGAAUUAUGUUCCCGGCAUUGUACAGAAUUAGUAAAGAGCAUUGGAACCAAACGAUCGUGGCCCUCGUUUACAAUGUUCUCAAAACAUUCAUGGAAAUGAACAGCAAACUGUUUGACGAACUUACUGCCACCUACAAAUCCGAGAGGCAAAAAGAAAAGAAGAGAGAAAAGGAGAGAGAUGAACUUUGGAAAAGAUUAAAUGAAUUGGAACUUGAGCGGCGCGGUGCAAUAAUGGCGGCUCCAAAUAAUUCUGUUCCUGUUACAUCUGCACCUGCAACACGAGCCCGACCCUGAGCUAGCGAGAAAUCACAAUCAUGUCACCCAGUCGUUAGAUCUUAGUUUACGUCGAGGAAAAAAAUUGUCGUUGUUAGAAGAGAAACCAGAAUCAUCUCACGGUGGAUUGUCUUGACGUAAUAAAAAUUCCUUAGUUGGUCUCGUCCUCGUCACACUGGACAAAAGCAAUCUGAUCAACUCUAUGGAGCGAGAAACUGAAAGAAUGAGCGAGAGAAAGAGAAAAAGAGAGAAAGAAAGAGUGAAAGAGAGCUUAGAGAGAGAAGAGAAAAAAAAUAGAGUGUCUGAGUGCGUGAGUGAGGAAACGAGGAAAUUAAAAAGAACGUGCGCGAAAAAAAAGAAAAAUCGCGAAAAGUAACAAAAAAAGACCAAGGAACUAUUUAAAAUAAAAUAAUUUAAAAAAAAGGAACAGAAAAAAUAAAACCAAAGUGAAAAAUCAGACCUGGAUUUUACUCCUCAAAAAAAAAAAAAAAAAAAUUGCCGCGAUUUUUGAUUUUUCAUAUUAUAGAGAUUUAUAUAUGAAGACCGAAUUUUUUAUUCUCUUUCUUUGACGUCAAAAUUCAAGUUGCAUGGUGUACUUUAGUGUCAGCACGAGAAUGAAAACUUUUUUUUUUAAUUAAGAUUUGCCGUUCUUCAGGCGAAGAAAAGAGUCAAAAUUUUUUCCCCCUGACAAGAAAACUUUUUUCGCCUUCAACGAGCGGCGUUUGUUUGAAAUGUACCAUAUAUUCAUAUUAUUAUUAUUAUAAUUAUUAUUAUUAUUAUUAACGAUAAUGGUAAAUAUAACAAACAAAAAAAAAACAUAAUAAAUAUUAGGUAAAUAAAAAAAUACGUCAUAUUUAUGUAUAUUUAUAUGUAGGAAAAAGUAUAAAUAUAAAUAAAUGUGAAUAUACAGGACGUUCUUCUUGAUUUCUCGUGGAUUUUUUUUUAUAAUUUUUUUUUAAUUUUCGAUUCCCCCCCCUCGAGAAAUCGGUAGUGACGAACUGUGUACUAUAUAAAUAUAUAUAUUUGAAUAUAUUUAUAUAUAUUAAAUAUAGUAUGCAAAAAUAUAUUAGUAAUUCAGAGGAAGAAAAUAUUGGAAAGAAGACGAGGAGUUAUAAUUAGCGCGCGACGUAAAGAAAAAAAAAAAAAAAAGAAAAAUUCUUAAUAAAAAGCGACAAGUUUUAUUAUUAUUGGAACUUAUA